AUGAAAGAUCGUUGUUUGAAGAUGGGCAUGCACGAGACUGAUGUUCUCCUGACGUACGGCAAAAAUUUCCCCUCGGGUUCACUGAUCGCAGAACGAAUCCUAGCCGGCAAUCGAGGUACUCUAACUGACAAUGAAGAUCACCAACUUUCAACCGUCUUUGCAAUCUCCACUGAGUCGACCCCCUCUCAGGGUACGGUGUACUUGGUGCUCUGCAGUGCCAACGCUGUCACGCCUCUGACCCUUCUCAUCAGCUCCGACCACCUCUCUCCUUGUGCCACCCUCGACUACGGUCAGCAUCGGUCCUACCGCGUCCGGUUGUUCAUCGUUGGCGCUAUUGUUGCGCACGGUCUCUUCAUUCUGGACGCGUUCAGUCGGGUCGAUCUGACUGAGGUGGCACGACUUCCGGAAAGGCGGCUUGACCACACCCGCGGCCAUCAGUGGCCCGGCUUCGCGGGGGCUUCUCGAGAUAGAAAAGCCAGUUUAAUAACAAUGGCAGGUACAGUCAUGGACGUUGAUUCAUCAUCCUCCCAAGUGUGGCCCCUGUGCACUGGCUGCCUUUCCGAUGCUCUGAAACAGAAGGCAUCCACGUCGAAUCCAUCUACCACCCAUCUGGAGUGUUCUCGGUGCGAAGCAAGAAUCGACAGACCUUUUCAUGCGGUUGAAAUUUUCGUGGAAGUUACUGACAAAGUUCAGCAACGGCGUUUCAAAGUUUGCAUACUGCCCUCAUGCUUCGCGGAAAUGAUGAAACUCUCGGAGGCCCAGAUUCAUCAGUCCUCCUUCUUGGACCCAGGGCUUUUGAUUGGUCAAGCAGUGAACAUUCCCCUGGGGCUGUCGAUCAAGCUACCGGAGUUGGAGGCGUCACAAGUUCCCCUGUCAGAUUGUCAGAAUGUUGUUAUUCAGUUACAUCCAAAUGUGCUAACUUGA